AGGUAAAGUAUAGAUACUGUGUGUGCAUCAUCUUGGAAGCACGACCUGGUAUUCAUGAACGCGCUGUUGUUGUGCGAUCAUGGGAGACUAACAUGCUGCCUCGAAGGAUUCCUGAAGGAGAAUCCAAUGUUUCCGAUCCCUCUAUUGAGAAAUAUGGGUCGUAUGGGGGCUCUGAACGUGUCGAGAGUGGCUGGCUCACAAGAGAUUCAGUUGUCCAGUUCCGCCUCUGCACCUCACCCCUGUACAACGACCCUGUGAUGCUGUUCAAAAGGAAGUACCAGGAUAAGAAGGUACGCAUCAAGGUGACACCCAAAGAGCUCCACAACAACAGUCCAGGGGAUCCUCACAAUGGGGUUCCUGGAUCGGAAGAGAGCUCUGACUUCGACAUUUCCAACCUCCAGAUCGACAGUAAGCCUAUCUGGCCCAUCACGGAGGUGGCUGUUAUGAAUGAAGAGGAGUGUUUGUUCCACCCGCAGCCACAGUUUGGGGUUGUUUGCAACACUGGGGAGUACAUUGUGUUCCAGUGUCGAAUGCUCAAUAUUGAAACAAAUGCCUUCCUCUGUGAUUUCUAUAUAGAAGAUGGAAAUGAAGAGCUUCCAAACUACCUUGGUUGUUCAUACAUCUUGCCUUCAAAUCUGAAGGAAAACUUCGGAGUGGCAACCCUGCCUAUAACAUCCCCUAAGCACACUGCUAUUGGGCAGCUUACAGUUCACUAUAUGGUUGUGUACCCAAUGCCAACCAGAUGUGACAUGAGUGUUUCUUAUGCUCGUCACUGGAAGGACACCUGGAAAGGCCUGGAAGUGGGCCACAGAGGAGCUGGAAAUUCCUAUCACUCAGAGCCAAAAAGUUGCGCAAAUAUCCGCGAGAACACCAUUGCAUCCCUGAAAUAUGCAGCAGAAAUUGGAGCAGAUAUGGUUGAGUUUGAUGUCCAGCUGAGCAAAGACCUGGUGCCUGUUAUCUAUCAUGAUUUUCACGCGUGCAUUGCACUGAAACGCAAAAAGGAACAAGACAAAACCGACCUUCUAGAAAUACCAAUCAAGGAUCUCACUAUCUCUCAACUGCAAGCUUUGAAAGAUCUGAGUCACCUCAAAGAAGGCGUGCCGUGUGAUGUCCUCUCAUACUGUGAUCACGAAGACAUGGUCUAUCAUAAAACAGAGAAGGGACUGAGUAGGUUUUCGGACGAGGAUUUCGAGGACCACCAACCUUUCCCAACACUGCAGAAGGCCUUAGAGUCUGUUCCUUACACCUGUGGCUUUAAUGUGGAAGUCAAGUGGACAAUGCAGAUGAGGGACGGAACAUAUGAGCUGCAGCAUCCUUUCGAGUUGAACCGCUUCCUAGAUCUCAUUAUAGAGACUAUUCUUGAACACUCUGGCAAGAGGAAGAUCAUCUUCUCAUGCUUCCACCCUGACAUCUGUACCAUGCUGCGCCUCAAGCAGAAUCGCUACCCAGUCAUGUUCCUGACACAGGGUGUCUCAGAGCUCUGGCCGCCCUAUGAAGACCAACGCACCACCACCAUCAGACAUGCAGUGCUCUACUCGACAAAUGCAGAUAUAUUGGGAAUCAACGUACACACAGAAGACCUGAUGCGUGACCCACAGCAGGUCCAGAUGGCCCUUGAGCAUGCUUUGAUCGUCUUCUGCUGGGGAGACCACAACAACAACCAAGAGAAUAUAAAAUUUCUGAAGAGCAUUGGGCUUCAUGGCAUCAUCUAUGAUAAAAUCGACGUGUAUAACACGAAAGUGAAGAAGGAAAGCGUAUUCUUAUGCGAGGAAAGGGAGGCAGGAAUAAACUCAAAUGGCACCACUUCUGACAUGCAAGAAACCAACCACUCAUAAAGUCACUCCUAUUUAUAUUUAUUUAUAUAUUUAUGACUUGUAUGUAUUAUAUGUAUAUUUAUUUGUGUAUGUAUGUAUGUAGAUGUAUUAUGUAUAUGAGUAUAUAUAUACAUACACACUUAAAUAUCUAUGCAUACAUAUACAUAAAGACCUUUUCUUGUCAAUAGUGGAUAAAGGAAUAGCAGAAAAAGUAGGGCAGAAUAUCUCAAGAAUAAUGGUGGAUGCAAUGAGUUUUUUGUUCAUUAGCAUAUUUUUUUCUAGUCUUUCUGGUAUAGAUACUUGCCAUUUGCUAUAGCCAGCCAACUCAAUUACAUGUGGAAGUUGGAUGAGAAAAAUAUAAUAUUUUCUUUCACUCUCUCUUACAUUCUUUUAUUGCUUUCAGUGAAAUAUAUUUAAAUGUAUAAUUAGAGUUUGAUUAUAGUGGUGGUACUAAUUUGUGUAAUGAAUUGUAUUGAUAUGAAUUUUAGACCCAAAGUAGGUUUAUGCAACCAUCAUAUAUACUUGAAUACAAGCUGUGCAAGGUGCAGAGAGAGAGUUUUCAGCAUUUGUAAUUUAUGCAAAAAAAAUUUAGACCGCACAUACCACUGCUUUAAAAACUUGCACCGUUAUCACAGUCAUUCUGCUGCUAUGCAGUAUAGUUUUACUUUUCACAUGUUUGUGUAUGAAUUUACCAUGACUAUUAUGUCACUUUGUAUUGAACAGUGACUUCAGGAUUUCAUGACAUGUUCUAAUGUCUAGAGACUUAUAAUACCUAUAUCAAAUGACGUGAGAUAACUUGCACGUCUUAAAAGCCACAAGAUAUCUGGCAAUAGAUAUGCACAGGUAAUGCUGUUAUGAUAAGAAUCUGAAUAAGAUUUUCAAUAUUGA